GUAAUGAUUUAUAUGAGAUUGUGACAUUUAUAGCAAAAACUAUGAAAGUGAAACUCAUUAAAAUUUUAUAUUCAGAAAAAAUGGCCAUACUUCCUGAUGAAUUUGAUACCGUGCUUGAAUUUCUAUCUCGUAAAUAUCCUGAU